GGCGGCGGCGGCUGCGGCGGCUCCGCGGCGGCACCGGGACCCCCGGACCGGGACCCCCCCGACAGGGACCCCCCGCGCCCCGGGACCCGCGCUGUCCCGGCGGCUGGGUCCCCUCCAGGUGACCGGGACCCCCGGUACCUGAGCCCCCCCGCAGUGUCCGCCCCCCGGACCCGCCCCCCCCCCCCCCUCCGGUAGCCCCCGUUAACCCCUUCCCCCCCGGUAGCGCCCCCCGUCCCCGUCUGUCGCCCCCGGUUCUGCCCCGCCGGGGCCCGACUGGCAGCUGCCCACGGCCGGGAUGAGCCGCCGCGAUGGAUGAGUUCCACCCCUUCAUCGAGGCGCUGCUGCCCCACGUCCGGGCCUUCUCCUACACCUGGUUCAACCUGCAGGCCCGCAAGCGCAAGUACUUCAAGAAGCACGAGAAGCGGAUGUCGAAGGAGGAGGAGCGCGCCGUCAAGGACGAGCUGCUGGGCGAGAAGCCUGAGGUCAAGCAGAAGUGGGCCUCGCGCCUCCUGGCCAAGCUGCGCAAGGACAUCCGGCCCGAGUGCCGCGAGGACUUCGUGCUCUCCGUCACCGGCAAGAAGGCGCCCUGCUGCGUCCUCUCCAACCCCGACCAGAAGGGCAAGAUCCGCCGCAUCGACUGCCUGCGCCAGGCCGACAAGGUCUGGCGCCUGGACCUGGUGAUGGUCAUCCUCUUCAAGGGCGUCCCCCUGGAGAGCACCGACGGUGAGCGCCUGGCCAAGGCGCCCCAGUGUGCCAGCCCCGGCCUCUGCGUCCAGCCCCACCACAUUGGCGUCACCAUCAAGGAGCUCGACCUCUACCUGGCCUACUUUGUCCACGCACCUGAUUCCGGACAAUCCGACAGUUCAAACCCCCAGGGAGACGCGGACAUCAAACCACUGCCCAACGGGCACCUGACCUUCCAGGACUGCUUUGUGACGUCGGGUGUCUGGAACGUGACGGAGCUGGUGAGGGUGUCCCAGACCCCUGUGGCGACGGCGUCGGGCCCCAACUUCUCGCUGGCCGACCUGGAGAGCCCGGGGGGCUACUACAACAUCAGCCCCGUCGCCCUCGGCCGCCGGCCCCUGGGCCCCCCAGCUGCCAGCGGCCCAAAGCGCCCCAAGGCGCUGGAUGAGGGGGACCUGGAGGGUCCCGGGGACGACGUCUUCUACCCCGGGCCAGGGCGGUCCCCAGCCCCUGGCAGCAGCCAGGGGCCCUGGGGGGGGGACGUUGACACCGGCCCGGCGGCGCUGAAGAAGUCGGGGAAGUUGGAUUUCUGCAGCGCCCUCUCGGGGCACGGGGCUGCCCCCCGCAUGGCCUUCGGCCACCACCCCCUGCCUGUCCUGGCCGGCGUCCGCCCCGGCAGCCCGCGGGCCACAGCCUCGGCGCUGCACUUCCCGUCGGGGUCCCUCCUGCCCCAGUCGAGCCCCUACUUCGCCCACCCCACCAUCCGCUACCACCACGGGCAGGACUCGCUCAAGGACUUCGUCCAGUUCGUCUGCGCCGACGGCGCCGCCCAGGGCCCCCAGCAUUCGCAGCGUCAGGCGCCGCCGCUGCCCCCCGCCUUGUCGGCCUCGGACCCCGCGACGGCAACUUUCUGACCCUCCCCCAGCAGCAGUCCUGGUUCCUCUGACGCUGCCCCCGGACGAGGAGAAACCGCCCGGAAAAAGGAGAAAAAAAGACAAAAAAAAGCCGCAGCCCCCCGGCCCCCCCCCGGCUCCCCCCCCGCCGCCGUCCGCCCCCGGGGGGGCCCCAACCCCCCCCCGACGUGGAUGAGGGUUCGGCCUCUCUGAUGUGUCCCCGCCCCGGGAUCCCCCAACCCCCCCACCCCCAACCCCCCAUACUCCCCCGGCACAGACAGGGUCACCCCGGGCCCCCGGGGGUGUUUGGGCCCCCCCGCCCCAGCCGCAAUUCGGGGGGGGGUGGGGCCCCGGGGGAGCACACGUGUGUGCACUCACACCACACCUGCGCACUCCUGCGCGUGCACGCAACACGUUUGCACACACCCGCGCACAUGUGUGCACGCCCGGCACCGUGUGGUCACACUACAU